AUGUCCUCGGACGAAGUCAGACGUGUCCCGUCUGAGGAGAUGGUUGGCACCGUGGAGAAGGCUGACCUUGCCGAGAACGAGUUCGAGGUGUUCAAGAAAGGAGAAGGCGUGGUCGAGUUUCGAACCGUCACCUGGUACCAUGCAUCUAUGAUUUUCCUGAAGAUCAUCUUCGCCACCGGUGUCCUUUCCAUCCCCACAUCCAUGUACACUCUGGGUUCGUUUCCAGGGGCGAUCAACAUCCUCGGCUGGACUAUACUCAAUGGCUACCUUGCCAUUGUCCAGGGCAAUUUCCGCAAUCGUCACGCCGGCUGCCACAGUAUUGCCGACAUGGCUCAGCUUGUGGGAGGUCCCAUUGUGAGGGAGAUCGUUGGAUUCCUCUUCAUUGCUGCAUACGUGAUCUGUGCAGGCUCCGGCAUCCUCGGAGUGUCGGCCGCCUUGAACGCCUUGUCCAACCAUUCGCUCUGCACCCAAUGGUUCUCGUUCGUGGCCACCGUCAUCGUCGCCAUCUUUGCCAGUGUGAGAAAGUUUGAGAAGGUGGCAUGGUUGACCUGGGUGGGAUUUAUCUCGGUCUUCACCGCCGUCAUGAUCAUCGUCGUCGGCGUCACCACUCGAGACCGUCCAGCCAUCGCACCCCAGACGGGUCCGUUCGAUCUCGGCUAUCAUGUCAUCGCACACCCGACAUUCGUUGCAGCCAUGACCGCCGUGGCGUCCAUCUUCGUCUCCAGCGCGGCGACCGCCGCCUUCUUGCCUGUCAUCUCUGAAAUGAAGCGGCCACAAGACUACAACAAGGCGGUGUGCGUGUGCAUGGCCCUUGUCACCUCUGCAUACCUCGCCUUCUCCUUGGUGGUGUACAAGUGGUGCGGCAAGUGGGUGGCCACCCCUUCGCUUGGAUCCGCGGGCCCUACCCUCAAGAAGGCCGCUUACGGCGUCGGCAUCAUCGGCCUGGCCGUUUCGGCUUGUCUGUAUGUGCACAUUGGCGCCAAAUACAUAUUCGUGCGCAUCCUGCGCAAUACUCGCCACUUGCAGGCCAAUACGGUCGUGCACUGGGGAACAUGGCUCGGCUGCACCAUUGGAAUCUCCAUUGCCGGCUUCCUCAUUGCCUCAGGCGUCCCCAUCUUCAACUAUCUUCUGGGUCUCGCGGGCACGUUCUGCUUCGCCCCGGUGGCCAUCUCGCUUCCCGGCUACCUUUGGUGCUACGACCACCCUCACUAUUGGAAGGGGACCCUGUGGCAGAAAACCCUGUACGCCUUCCACGUGUUCCUGAUUGCGCUGGGUCUUUUUGUCACUAUCGGGGGAACCUAUGCUGUGAUACAGUCGAUCAUCGACGCCUAUGCCUCUGGACAAAUUGGCUCGGCCUUUGACUGCGCCGACAACAGUGGCACCGUGUUGAACUAG